GAACCCACCAAUGGGGUACGCGGAUUGCUUGCAGGCAGGCAGGCGCCGUGGAGACAUCGAAGGAGACGGCCGCCAGAGCGGGACGGGGGUGUCUGCACGCAAACAUAUCGGAAACCCGAGAGACAAGCAAACACACGCCCGCUCUCGUUGCAAAUAUGCUGGAGUCACCCCCAGGCGGUGCUAAUGAUGACCAGGGCCCCCCAGUCUGUGUGGAAGAUGACCAGGGCCCCCCAGUCUGUGUGGAAGAUGACCAGGGCCCCCCAGUCUGUGUGGAAGAUGACCAGGGCCCCCCAGGCUGUGUGGAAGAUGACCAGGGCCCCCCAGUCUGUGUGGAAGAUGACCAGGGCCCCCCAGGCUGUGUGGAAGAUGACCAGGGCCCCCCAGGCUGUGUGGAAGAUGACCAGGGCCCCCCAGGCUGUGUGGAAGAUGACCAGGGCCCCCCAGUCUGUGUGGAAGAUGACCAGGGCCAGUCUUCCCUCUUCAUGUGCUUCCGCUGCUACCAGCUGUACAACACCCUGGAUGAAGUUCUAAGCCACCAGCUGACCUCUCACCCCGAAGACAACGAGGAAGGAGAAGAGGAGGAAAACACGACCCCCAGCGUCGCCACGGCAACCUCUGCUCCAGAGGAGGAGCCAGAGCAGCAAGAGGAAGUGCGUAACUGGUACCAGUGCCUUCCCUGCGGGGCGUUACUGGAGUCGCCCGUCGAACUGGUCUGGCACCAGCAGCAGACGGACUGCGGUUCGACCCGAAACCAGACCCCACCCCGGUCUCCGCAGGAGCCAGCGGCAGGGGGUGGGAGGGAGAAGCGGGCCGGGCCGCGGGCAGAACCAGGGGGGGUCUGCGAGCCUGGAGCGGCUCCGGUGCCGCUGAUCCGGUACCAGUGCAGCGACUGCGCGGACCUCUUCGAGUCCCUCACCCUGUGGCAGCAGCACAUGAAGCAGGGGCACUGCCGGAGCAGCAGAGAGGCGGAGAGGAGGAGGAGGAGGAGGAGGAGGGAGAGAGCUGCUGCAGACGGGACCCCGGGCUCUCAGGGGCCAGCGACGGGCAGGCGGGAAUCCGGGAGAGAUUCUCCGCUGGAGGGAGCGUCCGCCCAGCUUGCGCCCAGGGGGGUAGUUUCCGGAGAGGGAGUGAAGGAGGAGGAGGAGGAGGAGGAGGAGGAAGCUGCUGCUUCUGCACAGUCCCUUCACCCUGCCAAAACGCCCGCCUUCGGUAACCACAGUAGCGGCUCUGUGAUGGGCUCUGCCGCGGUCGCCCUAGCGAUGGAAGCUGUCAUGGCCGCCAGCUCCAGUCGCAGUAAAAAUAACAGCGGGCCCGGGAAGGAGGGAACGAAAGAGAGGAGGGAUGAAGAGAGCGAAAGAAGAGAGGGGGCAGACAGCGGUACAAACAGUAACGUCGCCGCAAGUGAAAAUAGCAAUGCUUCCAGUGAUAGUAAUGACGGCGAGGGUGCGAACACGGGUUCCGCCGUGUCGCGUGAUCAUGCCUACCUGAACAGGUGCGGGUCGGCCGUCAGGGAAGAGCAGAGCGAGGGAGGGGAAGGGAUGGAGGGAACGCGUAAAAAGACGAAAGCGGGGGUUCUUUCCUUGGAACCAGCCCGGACUCGAAGCCAGCCCUCGUCCCUGAAGAGCUUCGAGAGAGGCGACGGAGCGGCCAGCACUGAAACGGACUCCGCUGACCGACGGCUCCCAGCCGCCAAAACAGAACCCGACCCCUGCCCGGCCCAAACCCAAACCACCCCGCUUCCCGCCGGCUCUCCGGGGCCCGGUUUAGAGUCCGACAGCCAGCAGCAGGACGGGCCCAGCGACCCGACUCCUCCCAGACCGGGUGGCAACAGGAGGGCCGGUUCCAGCGACUCUGCCGGACCCGAUCUCCUCGGACCCUACCGGGCCCGGCACUCGCACCUGUGCGUGGACUGCGGGACGGGUUUCGGGACAGAGCCGGCGCUGGCGGACCACCGCAAGAGGCUGCACCGCGCCGAGGGGCCUCUGCACACCUGCCCUCACUGCGGGGAAAAGUUCAUGAACACCACCAAGUUCCUGUACCACAGGAGGGGCCACAGGAGCGCCGGCCCGGAGGGGGGGGGCAGGAGAGGGGUGGGGAAGGUCGUUGAGGCAGACAAGGGGCUGGAGAAGAAACAGGGGGCUGGGGAGACCGUCUUGGUCUUGCAGAACCAGCAGCUCGCCCCGGUUCUCCCAACAGUCCCGGUUCCGCUGAUAGGGAUGAACGGCAGGGUCGUGUACGUCUAUCCCACAGACCCGUCUACGGAGGCUGGUCCAAAGAGCGGGGAGGCCAGCGCGGGGGGAGGAGGAGGAGGAGGAGGGGCCGACAGGGGCAAGAGGAAGGAAGCUGGGGCCGACAGGAGCCUGGAAGGAGGGGGCAAGAGAGCCAGGAAAACAACUGGCGAUAAUAACAAUAAUGAUGAUAAUGAUAAUAAUGAUGAUGCUGCUGCUGCUGCUGAUGAUGAGGAGGUUAACAAACCAGACAGAACGGAGCACUCCUGCGGAGACUGCAGCCAGCAGUUCAGCAACAAGACUCGGCUGCUGAAGCAUCGCAGGGAGGAGCACGGCCGCAGGAAGGGGAAGAGGAAAGCUGGGGGUGGGGCUGGGGGGGCUGACCCUUCCUUACCAGCCCAGGACAGCCCGGAGGAGGAAGCAGCAGCAGCAGGGUCCGCGGCCUCCAAACGAGGGGGCCCCCACCCGUGCCCGCACUGUGGCAAGACGUUCCGUCGCCGGUACCACCUGCGCACGCACCUGGUGACCCACACGGGGGAGAAGAGGUUCGGGUGCGAGACGUGCGGCAAGGCCUUCUCCUGCCAGAGCAACCUGGCCCGUCACCGCGUCACCCACACCGGCCGCAAGCCCUACUCCUGCCAGCAGUGCGGCAAGACCUUCACGCAGUCCGGCACGCUCAAACAGCACCGGCUCAUCCACCUGCUCGCUGAGACCCGCGCCUCGGGGGCCCUGGACCCCGCGCAGAUCGAGGAGGCCUUCCUCCCGCACCGCUGCCCGGACUGCGGAGCCGGGUUCAAGAGGAAGACGCACCUGCUCAUACACAGGCACCUGCACACGGGGCAGUACCCCUUCCAGUGCAAGGAGUGCGGGGGCUCCUUUCUGAGGAAGAGGCUGCUGGAGCUGCACCAGCUGAGGCACCAAGGCCGGGAGCCCGUGUCCUGUGCCGUGUGCGGCUCCCAGUUCCUGGACGAGGCUGGGCUGCGUUCCCACAGGCAGUGUCGGCCGGGUCUGGAGUGCGUUUACUGUGGGAAGCGCUGCCCCUCUCAGGAGAGGCUGGAUCUGCACCAGCUCUCCCACUCGGGGCUCCCGGCGCUGCGGUGCCCGCGCUGCGGCCGCCGCUUCGCCAGCCAGGCCGGGCUGGACAGCCACCUGGAGCGGCACGCUGGCGGCACACGCUGCUUCCACUGCCGGGACUGCGGCAAGGACUUCACCACGGCCAGCUCGCUGUCCGUGCAUCAGAGGAUACACACCGGAGAGAGGCCCUACCAGUGCUCCACCUGCGGGAAGCGGUUCCGUCAGAUCCCUCACCUGCGCGAUCACGAGCGGCUGCACUCGGGGCUCCGCCCCUUCGCCUGCCAGGUGUGCGGGCGGAGCUUCGUGCUGUCGGCGCGCCUCACCGAGCACCUCCGCACGCACACCGGCGAGAAGCCCUACUCCUGUGCCGUGUGCCGCAAGCCGUUCCGCUCCCUCUCCAACCUGGGCAAGCACCGCAAGACGCACGGGCAUGAGAAGGGGGCGGGGCCGGCCAGCGGGCAGGUGGAGGUCGUGCUGCAGGAGGACUCGACCGCAGUGGAGACCAUCCUGCUGGUGCAGAGCACAGACCCCGUCGGCAAGGGCGGUCCGGGGGCCGUCCCCUCCGGGGGGCCACGGCAAGUCUGCACCCUGACCAGCGUCGUCAUGGCAGCAGCGAGCGUUCUGGACCCCGCGCAAAACACAGACCCCAGAGCUGCGCAGAGAGGGGAGGUCAUGGGCGUCUACCACGACGGACAGUUGGGCGUGCCUGGAGGAGGAGGAGGAGGAGGAGGAGGAGGAGAGGGGGGCGCUAUUCUUUUGGUGCAGCAGGGGGCGGGCCACUGCGUGCUCGCCGGGACGGGACAGGGGGACAUUCCCAUCAUGCACCACACCGUGGAGGUCGUUAUCGAGCAGACGGGUUGAGGGGUCGGCUGUAGCUUUUUUUUUUUUUCAAAUCGGUUUUCGAAUUUGUAAGCGUAACUCCUCUCUGUCUCUCUCUCUCUCUCUCUCUCUCUCUCUCUCUCUCUCUCUCUCUCUCUCUCUCUCUCCCUCCCUCCCUUUGGUUCUGUUUGAUUCUGGGAGUUUUUAAUCUCUCCCAUCGUUCAUUCAAAACAUUCACUGCUGAAGAUGCAUAUAAAAAAAAUGUAAAUAAUAAUGCAAGUAUUAUUUUUUUUUUUCUACUAGCUGCGUAUUGUAUUUAUUUAAUUUUUUUUUGCACUUACAUCCUGACUACGCUGUGAAAUAAGGGUGUGAAAGAGGCGGGGAGGGGAAGCGGUAAACAAAUACAGUUUAUAAAUGAGGUUUGAGGCUGUUGUCAAUCACAAGUGGUAAUGGGGGGUUUUCAGAAGCGAUACCGGACUGAUUUGAAAUGAGAGAGAGAGAGAGAGAGAGAGAGAGAGAGAGAGAGAGAGAGAGAGAGAGAGAGAGAGAGAGAGAGAGAGAGAGAGAGAGAGAGAGAGAGAGAGAGAGAGAG